AGACCUCAGAAUGGUAGUAAGGAGUUACUGACUUCUUACGAAUUUCUUUUCUGGCCUAGCAAAAGAGAGGAAAUCGAAGGAAAUUGAAUGAAAAUAAAAGAAUCUAGUAAAGAUAUUAAGUCAGAAACCCCAACUUGGUAUGACGGGUCUCUUGUGAAUAUGCUAACGAACAUCUACUACCUUAAACAUACUUCAGGUCAAAAAACAAAAAUGCAAUUGAAUACUUCGAGAGACGUUAACCCAGCAUCAGUAGAGCGUCUCAAAAGUGACGCUAAAUUAAUGGUAGUCAUUAAAGCUGUGGACAUGGAGGAAGAAAUGCAACAAGAUGCAGUACAUACAGCUGUGCAAGCGAUGGAGAAAUUUACUGUUGAAAAGGACGUUGCUGCGUUUGUAAAAAGAGAGUUCGACAAAAAGUACUCUCCUACUUGGCAUUGUAUCGUUGGUCGAAACUUUGGUUCCUAUGUGACACAUGAAUCCCAUAGAUUUAUAUAUUUUUAUUUGGGAACGAUUGCGUUUCUGCUAUUUAAGUCUGGUUGAACAAAAAGAGUUUCGUCGUGGGUCGGCAUUAUGGGUCCUUAUUUAUUUUAAUUUGGAUAGUUUCUACUGUAUUCUAUGCAAUCUGAAAUUCCUAGAAAAAAAAGUAUUUCUCUACUAUGAGUGUUUUCACUUAUUUAAUUUCUAGAAAGAAACCUUAUCCAUAUGUUUCUAGUGCUACUUAUGCCGCCGAAUUUACCAAUUGUUUGGGAAUUGAAGGGUUUCGUAAUGGAAUAGGUAUCUGCUGCUGAAUGUCAGGACCAAGUUGUCUAUUUGGCAAAAUCUCUGCAUUUGUCUUAAUCUUAUUCAGGCUGUUGAUACUGGUUAUAAGAUUCCUAAGCAACAGGAGAUUGCAAAAUUCUUCCAUUGGUUUGCUCGCUGGAUAUCUUGCAGGAAGUGAAACUUUUGUGAGAGAAUCGUUAAAAACUUCCAAAUCUAUUACUUUGAUGUCUGCCUAUCAGUGGAUUCGUUUUGUAAAUAAAAAAAAAAGAAUUUGAAAAGGCUCUUAUUUUAUUCGUUUGUGAAAACCUCACAUAAUUGUAACUCAUGUUUUAAAACUGCAAUAGAAAGGUCCGAUACUGUCC